AUGCUUCGUUACGACUCUCAACUAACAUACACAUUACAAAAGAACAGACCUCCAGUAACACUCAGUGUGCAAGAACAUGUGGAACUGUUGAAGGUUCAAAUAGCUGACCAAAUAAGAGAGAAGCAACAUAGGUCUGAACUGAUUAAACCAAUCAACGAUGGAGAUGAUUAUCAGUACGUUGAUAUACAGAACAGACCUAUGACACCGAUCAACGAAUUCGACGAGAGGAAAAAAGACAACAAAUUCGAGGGAAUUAGUGACUCCACCUACAACAGAGAUGGAAGAUUCCCCGAUGAGGCUACAAAAGCCAAUAAAGAGGGUACGAAAGAAGAAAAGAGGCAAAAAGAAGAAUCGGGUAAUGCGACCAGUGGAGACAUUCUACAGAAGGAGAAUAUACAACGAAGAUAUACUGUACAGCCCAAUGAAGCUGCUGCACUGUCAAGAGCUUUUCACACCGAUACUGGCUGGUGUGUAGUAACGCGUUGUAAUAUUAAGAAAAUAUGUCUUUCGGCUGUUUGGGUGGAUUGUCUGAACAUUGAUGAAAGUACGCUCUGUUGUAGGGAAAAAGUACCACCUGGGACUUAUUUUAAGAUACCAGGUCCCGGACUAUGCGCGAGGGUGGUACGGGGGGUUUUGCACGGUAGGCCUACUGCACUGGACGGCGGUCCAGUGCAGUAGGCAGUAGGCAGUGCAGGUCGAUGGCAUGUUAAGGUCAGUUCCCCUCGGUAUAAAAAAAAUAAAAAAAAAGGGAAAAGUAACAAGUACUUGAAAGAUUCGUCAGUCCUGUAGUCCUGUUACGUCCUGGGUAGCUUGGUGGUUAGAGCAGUCGCCCAGUGCUAGGGGCAAAGUGUUUUUUUUAAGCAUUUUUCUAGUUAAGAGUGUAUGAGUGUGGUUAAGAGUAGCUCGGUGGCGUAAUGGAUAAGCGCCGCGGCCCGCGAUCGUUGUUGUUAAGCAACUUUCGCAAAGGUCUGUUACGGGAUGGGUGACCAAAAAAAAUUAAGCUGUUAGUCCCGGAUGUAUCUGCAGUACGUAGUGGGCCCGCGUGGUGGGUCAUGGCGCAUUCUCCCUGUUCGAUUUGAUUCAGUUGAGUUAGCGAAUACGCCUACAGUUUUGAGGUGGCAUGAAUACCACUUUUGAUUCCGUCCUUUAUGGCUUGUGCCCCAGCAUUUGGGAUAUUAGUAAGCUCAUACUGGAAACCACCAGACUUACUCUUGAACGCAAUCAAUGUCAAUUUCAAUCGAAUCCAACGACGAUCUCAAUUUCUAUCAAAUCUAAGCUCGUACUCUUAAAACAAGACUAUUAUUUGAGCCAAUGAGGAUAUAUUUCAAGAAAAAAAGAAAGCACUAAAAAAGCACCUCACUAGAUGGCGACUCUAGCAAAAGUUGAUUUUUGCAGGAAACGAAUGGACUAAAGAUAGUAAUUUCUAUUCCUUUUAACUAACAUAUUAAUAAACUGAAAUUUGCAAAGUUCGAAACUUAGAUAUCAAUACAAAUACGAAAUAGUACAAAUAAAAUAUGAGUUGUUUAUUGAGUUUUUAAAACUAAUUUAAAACCGGAAGGGUUACCAUGGAGAAAUAAAGAAAGUACCGUAGCGACAUCUAGUUUGAUUUCGGGAACUAAUUUCUUUUUUUAAAACUUUCUCAUUGCCGCUAGUGUAAAAUCAAGAGAACGAAACGUCACAUUGCAAUGUCUGUCGAACGCGAUUGCCUUCAAGACUAGUACAUCAUUUUCAUUCUUCAAACUUAAAUAUUAACAACUGUUUUGUUGUACUUCCCGCCAUUUUCUAGUAUUCAUGCCACCUCCAAACUGCAGGCGUAUUCGCUAACUCAACUGACAGAUUUAUGUAGGAAUCACCGUAAAAAGUGAAUAACUCCAAUGUAUAACUCCAAUCACUUAUUCGUAUGGCCAGUCGCCAACAGAGCUUAGUGAGCAAUUUGUUUCGAUUGCCAUUAGAGUUGCACAUUGUAAAAAGCCACAGUAUUUUUUAUAUAAAAAUAUUCAUCAUCAUCAGCCCUUUUACGUCCCCACUGCAGGGGCUCAGGCCUUCCUUAUGGAUGGUUAAGGAGCACAGGCCAUGACCCUCCACACUGGCCCAAUGCGGAUUGAAGGGUAUUAACGACUGCAAAUGCAGCCGGGACCAACAGCUUAACGUGCCUUCCGAAGCACGGAGUAACUCGAGAUAAUAAUUUUUCGGUCACCCAUCCCGUGACCGACCCUUGCGAAAGUUGCUUAACGACAACGAUCGCCGGCCGCGGCGCUUAUCCACUACGCAAAAAUAUUCAUCAAUUAGAAGAAAUUAUUCAAUUAGAAAAAUUGAAUAAGCUACAUGGUUGUAGGUAAGUGAGGAGAAAUGCGUGUCAUUUGUUAUAGUAACUUUUUAUUUUGAAUAUAUAUUAUCAAUUUUACUUUCUUAUUAUAAUGAACAUAAUAUAUAAAGACUAGUAUAGUAGUAAUAACUUACUGCUAUAACCUACACAAUUGGCAUCUUAAAUACAAAUAAUGUAGUUGAAUUUUUCAAAAGGUCCCGUGGCCUAAUUGUCUAUUUGAAAUAGCGCCAGCGUGGUCGGGAGAAAUGAUACUAUGUUUCAGGUUGUAGAUCUCUAAUUAACUAAACAAUAUUCGUCUUAUAUACUACUUAAAUCUAAGAGGGGUACGUGAUAUGUAACUGCUAAGGCAGCACACUUAUAGAACGUGAAUUAUUUGCAUAUAAAUGCACUCCAUUCAAACCAAGUUUAUAACGUGAUUCUUGAUAUUUACAUAAUACAAUUCAUUUAACAAAGUUUCAACAGCAGUUUUGUUAUUUCAAUACAAAAAUAAAUAUGCAGCAUUGACGCCAAUUAUAGAAACUUAUUACGUUUAUAAAUUAUAUUAAUUAAUCAUAAUCCGGGCAGUUAACAAAGAAAAUGUAACUAUAUAAAAUUUACACUUAUAAUUACACUUUUAAUUUAAUAUUUGAAAAAUAAUAACUAACUUCACGCUACAUCUAUUCGAUAGCAAUUGAAAUCGCGGCGUUUAUUGAAAGAUAAGAUAUUUAAUGAACGAUAAUUAUAGUUACAAAUAUAUUUAAAAGCUAUUAAGAAAUAUCAAAGGGAAUUAAUUUUAUAUGACAUUCAUUAACCACGCUUCAGCAUGAAUGGACCGGCUCGACCGGAGUGAUACCACGGCCUCACAGAAAACCGACGUGAAGCAACGCUUGCGUUGUGUUUCGUCGUGUGAGUGAGGGUACCGGAGGGCCAACCCCUCCCUAUUCCCUUCCCUCUACCCCUCAACCCUUCCCUCUAAGGCCGGCAGCGCGCUUGUAGCCUCUCUGGUGUUGCAGGUGUCCAUGGGCGGCGGCCGACCACACACAUGGCACAAUCUCAAGGCAAGUGUCCAAGAUAUGAUUGAAAAUUGGAAACUUGAUUUAUCCAACACAUCGACGCUGUUGAACCAAGCGAAGAUCUACAGACCACCGUGCGUCACCACAACAGGAUAUGAAGGAUCCACCAAAACCUCUUCGGGUGUAAAAUACAGCAAAAUAACUUCUUCAAAAACAACGUGUGCCGCUAAAAUGGAGAAAAAACGAGCAUACGACUAUGAUGACUAUGAUGAAAGAUUAUAUCAUUAA